AUGGGAAAGCUUCGCUCAAAAGAUGGAUGCCUAACUUGCCGGAAGAGGCAUGUCAAAUGCGACCAAGUCAAGCCGAUCUGUUCGCAGUGCCAGAAAAAGAACCGGCCAUGUCUUCGAGAAGAUCCAUCUAAUCGCAUCAGGAUCAAGCCUUAUCAACCACGAAAGGCCAGGAAAGACCCCAAGGAUGCUCCUGGCCAUGACCAUGAUAAAAUAUCUCACCUUCCGGAACACGGAGCUGCAGACGCAGUGAUUGCUAAUGCAACCAGCCCUGAACACAUUACCAAUCCAAUCUCUGCUGAAUUCUGCAAUAACCAAUACCACAAUGCCUCGGUGACAUCACCAUACAACACACAAGGAUCUACUAUCCUCCCGAAACUCACCAACGACUCUGUUCCCGCGCCUCUGAUGGUCUCUCCAGUCAACAAUACCACUACCUCACCCUACUUCAGCGUGGUGGGAAUCCCGAUCUCCCACCAGCUCCGACCGGAGCCCACAGGUGCGAUACAUGCAGGGUCUCCACUGACCUACAGAGAAGCUUACCUUGUGCAUCACUUUGCAACGCACCUCGGGUAUUGGCUCGACUGCACCGACGCUUCCCGCCAGUUUACCCGGAAAAUCCCCAUCCUGGUCAAGCAAUCGCCGAUCCUGCUGCAUGCCGUACUUUCCUACGCGGCCCGGCACGUCGGGGAUGCCGAAAUGGCCGAGCAGGCGCAUGAGCGUUGCGUAGAAUUAUUGAUUCCGUCCCUGAGCUCGGAAACGGUGGCCGACGAUGAUAUUCUGCUGUGUGCCAUUGUCAUCCUGCGGGUGUUUGAACAGUUGAACGUCAUGGUAACCGGGAGCGAUCAGGAGCGUCAUUUAGCCGGCUGCUCGGCUCUGCUCCGGGCGUCGCAAGGACGGGAGGUGGAUCCAUCGACCCCGGGGUUGCGGCAGGCGGCUUUCUGGGUGUACAUGCGUCAGUGCCUGUACAAUGCCUGUGUACAUCAGCAGGCUCCCAAUGUGGAUUUGAACUUGGUUCUCAUCCCUCCCCCGGGCGGAGGUGACCCUCUGAGCGAUCUGAGGUCGGAAACAGCCUGGGCCAACACUAUGACUUGGAUCUGUGCCACGGUGGUACACUUUUGCUUUGGAUCGAGUUACCCUGAGCCCUCCACCAGAAUACGCCGAUGGCAAGAGCUGUCCGCGGCCGUCGAGAAUUGGUUGAGCACCCGACCAAGUACAUUUGACCCAAUCUGGUAUAGCGAAGCCGUCCCCGGGAGUGGAAACCCAUUCCCAGAGAUAUGGUUCACGGCGGACUGGCAUAUUAUGGCAUUCGGAUUCUAUCAUCUCGCCUGUAUGCUCUUGGCCAUCUACAAACCAUCGCCUAAAUUUGCAGUCAGGGGGCUACAUAGCACCGCUCGUGAGUCUGAUGUGAGUUCUGGUUUUUGCUGUCGUGCGAAUAAUGAGUUCUCGUUGACGCCAUCAGAUCCGAGUCAUGAUGCACGCUCGCGCAAUCUGUGGGGCAUGCAACAGUUCCCCUUCGACGGUGCCAUCGUUGAUCACGCUCUGUCAUUCCACCUUUAUUUGUAA